UACAAGGAAGUCAAGUCUUACACAAUGUCUGAAGAAACAGUUUAAGGUUCCUGACAAUCAAGAACAGACUCUGGAUAAAGAGAUGGCAGCAGAAUCACCUCUUUCUGAGAAGGACCUCUUCUGUACUCAAUGCUGUAAUAUCUAUGUGGAUCCUGUGCUGCUGUCUUGCCGUCACAGCUUCUGUAAGAACUGCUGGGAGGAGUACCGGCAGACAAAGAAAACUCUCAAAUGUCCUUUGUGCAGGAAACAAUGUCCCAAAGGUUUUCCUCCACCUAACCUUCAACUAAAAGCGCUGUGUGACAAUUUUCAUCAGGAGAGAAACACUUCAGCAGUCAGAUCUGAGACACUGUGCAUACUGCAUAAAGAGGAACUGAAGCUCUUCUGCCUGGAGGACAAACAGCCUGUGUGUGUAGUGUGUCGGGACUCUAAACUGCACAGCCGGCACAGUUUCAGACCACUGGAUGAGGCAGCGUUGGAACACAGGGAAGAGCUUCGGGCCAAACUGAAACCCUUGCAAGAGAAGCUUCAUUCGUUUUUGAAGGCAAAACUGAUUUGUGAUCAAACUGCACAACACAUUAUGAGCCAAGCUGAACACACAGAGAGAAGAAUUAAGGAGGAGUUCGAGAAACUUCACCAGUUUCUACGAGAUGAGGAAGAAAACAGUUUAUCUGCGCUGAGGACCGAAGUGAGGGUGAAAAGCCAAAUAACAAAGAAGACUACCAGCAGCAUAAACCAUGAGAUUCUGAAUCUUUCAGAAACAAUCACAUCCACACAUGAGGACUUAGCAUCUGAAGACAUCUUGUUUCUUAAGAACUACAAAGCUACAGUGGGAAGAACUGAGUCUAAGCUCAAGGAUCCGGAGAUCCUCUCUGGAGCUCUGAUUGAUGUGGCAAAGCAUCUGGGCAACCUGAAGUUCAGAGUGUGGGAGAAGAUGAAAGAUAUAAUCAAAUACACUCCUGUGAUUUUAGACUCCAACACUGCACACGAAUGCCUCGCCAUCUCUGAUGAUCUGACCAGCUUUGUAUGUACAUAUGAGUCCCAGCAGCUCCCUGAAAACCCAGAGAGAUCUGGCCAUUAUCUGUGGGUCCAGGGAUCUGAGGGCUUUCACUCAGGAAUGCACUGCUGGGAUGUUGAUGUGGAAAAUUGUGAACAGUGGUCUAUAGGUGUUGUAACAGGGUCUAUGAAAAAGGGUAAGGCUUUCUUCAGCGGUGGCAUAUGGAAAUGCCAUUACAAGAACAUUCUGUAUGGAUCCAGUUCCUCUGGAAGUCCCACCACUUUCCUCAGAGUGAGGGAGAGCCUGAGGAAGAUCAGAGUGGAGCUGGACUUUGAUAAAGGACAAGUCUCGUUUUGGAAUUUCAUCAGCGGCCGCCAUCUACAAACUUUCCUAUACACGUUUACAGAGACGGUCUUCCCGUACUUCUGUAAUCAGUGUAAACAUCAUCCACUGAAGAUUCUCCCGAAGGAGAUCUCUGUAGUAAUACAGUGGCCUAAGUACAGGAAAGAGGAACUAGCUUACCUGACUACAGACUCUUCUGCUUAAUUUAAUGCACUCUUAAAAAAAGUUGGUGGGAGGUAAAACAUGAUAGUACUGGUUAAUAUUUUUCCUACCUGCUGGUGCAUGGUGAUGUAAUAACUCUCACCCACUUCCAGAGUGUGUUCUUAAUUUUGAUUAAAUCUUGAUGGAAGGUUGCCGAAAAACAACAAAUGUUAACUUUUAAAUGUAGUAUAGAACCUCAUUGAACCAAGGAUUGCAACACAAAAUAUAGCAAUUUUCCUUUUAUCCAAAAGAGUAAUGUUGGCAAAGACAAAAAGAAAAAAAUCAUGUGUCAGUGCAACAAUAACUUUGUGUAGAUUUAAAUUAGAAAUAAGGCAUCCAAGGUGGUUUUUGCCAAUACUUUGUAUAUAUGAAAUAUUUGUAUAUAUGAAAAAAAAUGUUUAUAAUGCCCUACAUGCACAGUAGUAUACAACAGUAUAAACAGUUUUUUUGCUGUUUUACCAUGUAAAAAUUAUUUGGUAUAAAACUAAAAUAAAAACAUAACUGUGCCCAUAACGUUUUGCACAGGCCACAUUUUAUGUUUAUUUUUUUCCCUCAUCUGUUAAAUUCAGCAAAUAAACAUUUGUCAAUUAAC